GGCAGACGAGGGAGAGGCAGGAGCGAGGGGACAAAGAAGAAGAUGAAGGAGAAGGAGAAGAGGAAGAAGGAGGUGAAGAAGGAGAAAAAAGUGAUGGAGAAGAAGCAGAUGGAGAUGGAGAUGGAGAAGAAGCAGAUGAGGAUACUGACUGUGACCAACACAGACACACACCAGACCAACACACAACUGAUGACAUCACUUGAAAGGAAGGACACAGCAGACACAGCAGACAUGGCAGCAGCAUGCAGCGUGUACAGCUUGUCCGAUCUGAUUCUCAAGGGGGUUGGGGAAGCGGAAGACGUGUUGCUGCGCGCUGCGCUGCAAUUGAGACGACACCUUCACCAAGACCUGCGCAAGAAGCGACGGCGACAAGGAUUCGUGUGCUUGAAACACAUGCACUUCGAUGAGGAUGGUGAUCGCACAGAUGCUCACGAUGACAGGGAUAGCAACUUGCCAGAAGCAAGUGUACAAGGAGAGCCCUCACCAACAGCAGCUGAUGCACAAGACAACGCGCCCACGCCACCAGCAGCAUCAACUGCAGCACACACGGAUGAGCCGCAGUUGUUCCAGGUGCUAGACCUUGCACUGCCACUGCAGCAGUAUGACGUGGACAUUGGAAGCAUCUUGAAACAGUCCAGCAAGCCACUGCCGUGGAGAACGUGGAUACGAGCAACGCACCCGGGUGCGUUUCGGGUGUGUCCCGCACACGUGGAUGCAAGCGUACGACUAGAGGCGCUUGAGCUUGUCCUGCAGUGUUUGCGAGUCGAAGACAAGCACUUCUCCAAAACCACCGUGAGCAGCUGUGCAGAGGAGGUGGGGCUGCUCCUCCGUCACCUGCAGCAACAACAGACACACGGAGACAGUCUUGGGAGCAGUGACAGCGGCACUGACAAAGAGAAUUCCUCGCACGAGUGUGAGCGCGGCGCGGAUGAACCGCUCGUUGUGGCUGUUGGACCCACAACCCCUUCCAUCCUGUUGCACCAGCGAACGGCGCAGCUGCUCCUGCAGGAGAACGAGGCCAUGGUGAAAGCACCCAACACCACCACAGGCUCCCACCGCGUCUUCAAGAUGACGCGGGUUGUGCAGGCGUCGCGGGAAGUGCGUGGACGUUCCUUGGACGACAUUGUUGCGAGCGAGGACUGGGAUGCGGUCAACGACUUGAGCCUGGGGCGCACGUUCCUUCUGACGCUGCUGUUGACGGCAGAUGACGCCAAAGGCGACAAUUUCAUGGUCACGCCCAACGGGGAUAUCAUCGGCAUCGACAACGACCACGUCCUCGGCGCGCCGUUCAAGGCUUCCGGAGCCGGCACGCGUGUGGUGCUUCGCAGCCUCAUUUUCUGCUGUAACCCUUGGAUGUCCAGGCGGAUGCAUCCGGCGUUGGUGCAGCACCUUCGUCGCAUCAGUCCCACCGUCGUCGUUUCACGUUGGCUGGCGGAGAUUGGGCACUACAAUGAUCGGUUGCGAGAACUGGAGAGAGACGGGCUGCUGUCGCCAUCGUUGCGAACAGCACUUGGACUUCCGUGCUAUGUUCGCUCGAGCGCAGUGGAACGCACACUGCUGCUGUUGCGGCGGGUACAGACCGCCGUGAAGGCACGUGACGCUCGCGGACAAGAAGUCACUCUCAAAGGCCUGCUGCAAUCAGCUCUGCCUGAAGUAGCCGCAGUGUACACGCAGAUGCGUGGCGCGUUCACCACGCCGCACGAGGCACUGCGCUGCGUGUACUUUCGCCCCGAGGAGUUCUUCCCACGGCCACCACCUGAUCUUGUCAAGUAUGACAUCACUGUUGAGGGUGUUCUGGCUCAACAACAACAACAGUGCAGUCAUGCUAACAGCAACAGCGGCUGCUGCAGCUCCUCGGAUAGAGCUGGACAGAACAGCCAAGAUGCGCUUGCAAGUGAUGACAAACCUGGCUGUGAUGACAGCAGCAGCACGACCGCAUUGCGAGGUCCGGAUUCGGGGCUGGACUGCGCAAACGCUCUGUUCCUGGAGCGAGACAAUGGGUUCGUUCAGGCGCUUGAAGACACGAUGCUGGUCACGGACGUCCUGGCCAAGGUUCAUCCUAAAACGCUGUGCAUUCAACACGUCAUGCACUGCUUGGAGAUUGUGCAAUCUUGCUCCGGCAUGGCGUGGUCGCUGCUUCCGCAGCCAUGGACGUCCGACACGACAUUGGUUCCAAGUCCCCAAUUGUGCCGGUUAUUAUAA